AUGUGUGAAAUGAUUGCCCAAUAUGGUAAAGGAUAUAAGCCAUCAUCUUACCAUGACAUCCGAGGUAAACAUUUAAAGAAAAAAGUUGAGUCUAUAAAUAGCAUAUUGGUGGAGCAUAAAGCUGCGUGGAAAAAGUUUGGAUGUACAAUAAUGACGGAUGGAUGGACUGACCAAAAGAGGAGGACUAUCAUAAACUUUUUAGUCAAUAGUCCUAUGGGUACUUUCUUUUUAAAAUCAAUUGAUGCAUCUGACAUUUCAAAGACAACUGAUAAUGUUUUCAAAAUGAUGGAUGAUAUUGUUGAGAAAGUGGGGGAAGAAAAUGUUGUCCAAAUUGUAACAGACAAUGCUGCAAAUUACAAGUUGGUUGGACAAAUGUUGAUGGAUAAAAGGAAUAAGCUUUAUUGGACACCUUGUGCAGCUCAUUGCAUUAAUCUAAUGUUAGAGGAUUUUGAGAGCAAGAUACCUAUGCAUAAGGAAAUUAUUGCUUCGGGUAAAAAGAUCACAACUUACAUUUAUGCUAGGACCGGUCUUAUAGCUUUAUUACAUCAUUACACUGAAGGAGGUGAGUUGAGAAGACCUAGCAUCACUCGCUUUGCAACAUCAUAUAUAUGUUUGGGUUGCUUGAAUGACAAGAGGGGAGGGUUGUAUAGGAUGUUCACUUCCAAGCAAUGGAAGAAUAGUCAAUUUUCCAAGACAAAAGAUGGAAAAAUUGUUGAAAAUAUAGUCACAAACAAGGAAUUUUGGAAGAGUUUGAUUAUUUGCCUUAAGGGUGCUUUUCCAUUACUUAAAGUCUUACGUAUGGUGGAUUCUGAUGAGAAGGUAGCCAUGGGCUAUAUCUAUAAAGUAAUAGAUCAGGAAAAAGAGGAAAUACAAAUUAGCUAUAAUAAUAAGAAAAAAUUUACCAACCUUUAUGGAAAAUUAUAG